AUGAAAACAGAGGAGAAUAUGAGAGGAAAGUGGAAGCCAAGGUCGAAAGUUCUGAGUUAUGAAAUUGCAAAGUCGGAUGUAUAUACUUUUCUAAAUGUGCAAGAUGGUCAGCCGGCUCUAGCAUGGGACGGAAUCCAAAUUGGGAAGGAGAAAGAAGACUGUUGGAUCAAAGGUGUAGAGGAGGUAAUAGUGGAGAAGCAAUUUUGCCAGCUGGUUUUAAGUAAGAUUUGGAUUGCGCAAUGUAGUUCUAGGAAAACUAGGAUUUUAUUCUUUGACAUUCCUUUUUUUCCUCAGGAUUGCCUAACAGUGCGAGGCAUGCAAGCUUUGCCAGCUUUACCAGAAUCUCUCAGUGUCAUCGAGAUGGGUGGACAGGAAGGGUCAGAGAGUGAAUCUCGUACUUUGGGUGCACUUUAUCUGAACAUUGGUUUACAGAAUGGUGUGCUGUUAAGAACUGUAUUAGAUUCAGUCACUGGUGAUAUGUCUGAUACACGUACACGAUACUUGGGUUCCAGACCUGUCAAGCUUUUCAGGAUUAUUAUGCAAGGAAGUGAAGCUGUUCUUGCUAUGUCUUCUCGUUCCUGGCUGUCCUAUUAUUAUCAGAAUAGAUUUCAUCUGACACCACUGUCAUAUGAAAGUCUGGAGUAUGCUGCAGGGUUCUCCUCAGAGCAGUGCCCUGAAGGUAUUGUAGCUAUUUCCACCAACACACUAAGGAUUUUGGCUCUGGAAAAACUGGGAGCUGUUUUUAACCAGGUAUCCCAUCCACUUGAGUACACUCCACGCAAGUUUGUCAUCCAUCAAGAGAGUGGUCAUUUAGUGGUUAUUGAGACUGAUCAUAAUGCUUACACAGAUGAUACCAAGAGACAGCGAAAGCUUCAGAUGGCAGAGGAAUUGAAAGAAGCAGCGGGGGAAGAAGAAGCAGAAGUGGCUGAACGCAUGGCAGAAGCACUUCUUUCAGAGGACUUGCCAGAUGCAGUAUUUGGUGCACCAAAAGCUGGACCAGGGAUGUGGGCAUCUCUCAUUCGGAUUAUAGAGCCUAUCCAAGGAAACACCCUUUUUACAAUGAGACUGGAUCAGAAUGAAGCAGCUUUCAGUAUUGCCCUGGUAAAGUUUGCAAAUCAGAAUGAUAUGGAUCAGCAGUUCCUGUUGGUUGGAACAGUGAAGGACUACCAGUUAAGCCCACGUCAAGUUGACUGUGGAUAUAUCUACACUUACAGAAUUGUAGGUGAUUGUACUAGUCUAGAGCUAGUUCAUCGAACAGAAGUUGAAGACAUUCCAACAGCUUUAUGCCCAUACAAUGGCAGAGUAUUAGUAGGAGUUGGAAGGUUGCUUAGAAUAUAUGACUUGGGGAAGAAGAAACUGCUUAGAAAGUGUGAAAAUAAGCAUGUUCCAAACCUAAUUGUGGAUAUCAAAGCACGAGGACAGAGAGUUUUUGUUAGUGAUGUUCAGGAAAGCUUGUUUGUGCUUAGAUAUAAAAGACAUGAAAAUCAGCUAAUCAUAUUCGUGGAUGACACAAACCAACGAUGGGUGACCACAUCUUGCCUCCUUGAUUAUGAUACAGCAGCUGUAGCAGACAAGUUUGGCAACAUUGCAGUGAUAAGGUUAGGUGGAGAUACCAAUGAUGAUGUCGAUGAAGAUCCCACAGGAAACAAGGCGCUCUGGGACCGUGGUCUGUUGAAUGGUGCCUCACAAAAAACGGAAGUUAUUGCCAAUUUCCAUGUAGGAGAAACUGUUAAUACACUGGAGAAAGCCACUUUAAUUCCUGGAGGCAGCGAGUCUCUUGUAUACACUACCCUGAGUGGCACUGUUGGAGUUCUGGUACCAUUUACAUCAAGAGAAGACCAUGAGCUUUUCCAAAACUUGGAGAUGCACAUGCGGUCAGAGCAUCCUCCACUCUGUGGACGAGACCACCUCUCCUUCAGGUCUUACUUUUUCCCUGUAAAGAAUGUCAUUGAUGGAGACUUGUGUGAGCAGUUUAACAUGGUAGAUCCAGGAAAACAGCGCAGUAUUUCAGAAGACUUGGAUAAGACUCCUAAUGAACUUUCAAAGAGAUUAGAAGACAUUAGAACUCGCUAUGCCUUCUAAGCAGUAUGUUUGUGCCGAUUAAUUUUUCACAGGAAUGAGAAUUUUUUUUAAUGAAAUAUCCCUAUGACAACUGCUUGUACCCAUGUUGUACCAAGCCAUGUGCUGUGUACUGCAUGCAGUCAGCUACUCAAGUAAAUAAAUAAAAUAUGGAAAGCAUACAUUUUGCCUAUUGUUUAUAAUUUAGGUUGAAGCAUAUAUGAUUUAUCUAUAAAAGAUGCUAGAAAUAUCAGUAAUAAUUAUCAUUAUUGUUAUCAUUAUGAUAUGGUUAUUGUAGGUAUUUUUCUUUGGGUGUGUAUACCUGUUAGAGUGGACUUACAAGCCUUUGAUUUAUCAUAUUACUUUUUUGUAUUUAGAUUAAAUGAUAGUCUGAUUUUUUACAUCCUUCAAUUGCAACUUUUCUUAAAUUUCAGAGAAUUAAAACCACAAGAGAAAAGAUACUAUAAGUACAAUAAGGGUAAACUUGAGAAAUGUACAUACUUUUUUGUGGUUACUGAUAAGCCAAAGGACCUUUUUAUGGGUAACUAUGACCUUCAGCUUCCAGAUUGGACUGCUAGAGACAAUAUGUAUUGGAUUUUGGAACAUCCAUCAGCUGUCCAGUUCCUUGAAUGCUGCAAAAUGAAUUGUGUGUACACGUACAUGUGUAUGUAGCUAUGGGUGUGCCCAAUAGGUGUGGCCAGGGGAAAAUAUUCAGCCAUUUGUGUGAUGCUACAUUUUUUAAUGUGCACCUAAUCACUCAAUGUGAAAGAUUUUUUUUUAUAAAUGAAGAAGGCACAUAAUAUUCUGAUUGGAAUUACCCAAUAGGUUUCUAGUUUGUAAUAAAUGUGCUGACAUACAAGAUUUAAAAUAUGUGUUUUUU